AUGGCCGACCUUCACCCGGCACUGAUACCCGCUGCGCAGUACCAGCCCCAGUAUUCGCAUUCAGUUGAGCGCGAACACGCGCGACUCGACCGCGACGCGACCUCCAAGCUCUCUGGUGUCGACAUGAAGCGAUACGAGGACCUCGAUGCCCCCGAAAACACAAACCCCACCAGCGACGAGGACCGGCCAGAGCUACUGGAGCGGUGGAACAAGGCGCUGAAGCAGGCAUACACAAGCUCGGAAUACGUCGAAAGCCGCCUGACACAGCUCGGAUUACUGGAGAAGUUCGGCAAGAACGCAUGGCUCGUGGGCAACUCCCAGCUGGAAGACAUCUUGAAGGGCAUAGAGGCCGAGCUUGCAGAUGUUAGGAAGCAGCAAGAGGAGGUGGAGACUUUGAGGCUGUCACAGCAACAGAGCGUGCAGGGCGAGAUUCAGACCCUGGAAGAGACGUGGAAGAAGGGCGUAGGCAGAGUCCUUGAGACCGAAGUGGCUGCGGAAGGACUGAAGCAGCAGAUUCUGGAGAAACGACGGGCUGGCGCUGUUUGA